AAAAUUAUUGGUUAAUUUUAGACGGAGAAAGAAAGCUGUGAAUUGCCCAAUUCCCAUUGUUGAAUUUCGCAUCUUCGUUCUCCUCAUUGUUGCACUUUCAAAAACCCUAGAUUUCAAAUUCAAGUUCCUUGUAUCUUCACAAAAUCAAUUACUGUUUCGAUCAUGGGUAACACGGAGAAAUUGUUGAACCAGAUCAUGGAAUUGAAAUUUACGGCGAAAUCACUUCAACGCCAAGCGAGAAAGUGCGAGAAGGAGGAAAAAUCCGAGAAGCUCAAGAUCAAGAAAGCCAUGGAGAAGGGAAACAUGGAUGGAGCACGAAUUUAUGCUGAGAAUGCAAUCCGGAAACGUACGGAGCAGAUGAAUUAUCUCCGACUCUCUUCGCGCCUCGAUGCUGUUGUGGCUCGUCUCGACACGCAGGCAAAGAUGUCCACCAUAAACAAAUCUAUGGGCUCGAUCGUCAAAUCCUUGGAAAGUACUUUGGCCACUGGUAACUUACAAAAGAUGUCGGAGACCAUGGAUCAAUUUGAGAAGCAGUUUGUGAACAUGGAGGUACAAGCUGAGUUUAUGGAGAAUGCGAUGGCGGGUUCGACAUCUCUCUCGACGCCGGAGGGAGAGGUGAACAGCUUGAUGCAACAGGUGGCCGACGAUUAUGGAUUGGAGGUUUCUGUGGGUCUUCCACAGCCGGCAGCUCACGCUGUUCCGGCCAGGGAGACCGAGAAAAUCGACGAGGAUGACUUGUCAAGGCGGCUUGCUGAGCUUAAGGCGAGAGGGUAAUCAAUUUACACUAGAAUUAACAUCUGCUAUUUGUAAAAUCUACGUAUUUCAUUGCUCCCUUGUAUUUUAGUACCUGUGAUAACUUAUAUUAUGUAUAAAUUUGAAGCAUUUGAUUUGUGAUAUGCUGGUUGCAUACUGCUAUGCCUAUAACUGAAGCCUUUUGGAAAAUAAUCCUUCCCCUCAUGUUUAUUUGAGUAUUUGGGUUGAUAUAUCA